CACUGACAGCGGACGAGCUUCAUCACAAACUUCAGGACACGAAAUUGGGAUUAUCCCGACUGCAGUAUCAAGUUGGAAUAUUACGGAAGGCCAUCUUCAGCCCAAUUUUCGCAGCGUAGGUUGUGCUUCUCCUUAGUAAAUCCUGGAGCCGCAGUCGGAUUUGUCUCGUCGCUAGUUUUUCGGAAUGUCGGGCAAAAACUUGGUGAUGGGUGAGCCCGCCGAGAGCCGCUUCCAUGUGGACGUGGUCCACGAAGAUGAGUCGAGGGGUCGCUUCCGGGUGGGCUUCGCCGACCCCGGGGCGUUGGGCAGCGCCACCGACAUCGGGCUGCCGCCGGACGUUUUCCUGGAGCCGGACGGGACGCGGAGCGACUCGGUCAGCCUGCAUUCAACGGGCACGGGGCAGACGCAGGUGUCGGACACACACUCCAACACGUACUACAUGAGGACCUUCGGACACAACACCGUGGACGCCGUGCCCAACAUCGACUUCUACCGCCAGACUGAGGCCACGCUCGGUGAGAAGAUGAACAGACCCUCGCUCGCUGAACUCCACGAUCAACUUGACAAGGAUCCUCUAGAGGAUGGGAUGGCCAACGGGGAAGAGCCGUCCGCGGCCGAGGAGGCGGCGGCCCGGGCGGCCAAGGAGGCCAAAGGAACGGCCAUCAAGUUUGGUUGGGUCAAAGGAGUCCUGGUGAGAUGCAUGCUCAACAUUUGGGGCGUGAUGCUCUUCAUCCGAAUGUCAUGGAUCGUUGGACAGGCCGGCAUCGGACUGACCAUCGCCAUCAUCCUGAUGGCCACGGUGGUGACCACCAUCACGGGGCUGUCCACUUCCGCCAUCGCCACCAACGGCUUCGUACGAGGAGGUGGCGCUUAUUACCUGAUCUCCAGGAGCUUGGGUCCAGAGUUCGGGGGCUCCAUCGGCCUCAUCUUCGCCUUCGCAAAUGCUGUGGCAGUGGCCAUGUACGUGGUUGGCUUCGCCGAGACGGUGGUGGAGAUGCUCAACAACGUGGACGCCCUGAUGACUGAUGAGCUGAACGACAUCCGCAUUGUGGGCACGCUGACCGUCAUCCUGCUGCUGGGCAUCUCUGUGGCCGGGAUGGAGUGGGAGGCUAAAGCCCAAAUCGUCCUGCUGCUCGUCCUGCUGGCAGGCAUUGCAAAUUACUUCAUCGGAAGCCUCAUUCCUGCCCAGGAAAAGAAGGCCAAAGGAUUCUUCGGAUAUCAAACUGCCAUCUUUGUGGAAAAUCUGGGUCCAGACUUCCGGGAUGAAGAGACCUUCUUCUCCGUGUUUGCCAUCUUCUUUCCGGCAGCCACCGGGAUCCUGGCGGGAGCCAACAUCUCCGGAGACCUCAGCGACCCCCAGUCCGCCAUCCCCAAAGGAACACUGCUGGCCAUCCUGAUCACGGGCCUCACCUAUGUGGGCGUGGCCAUCUCUGCUGGCUCGUGCAUGGUGAGAGACGCUACGGGUGACGUCAACGACACGCUGAGUGACACCAUCAACUGCACAGACACCUCUGCCUGUACGCUAGGGUACGACUUUUCCAUUUGCAAUGAGGGAGGAUGCCAGUACGGACUCAUGAACGACUUCCAGGCGAUGAGUCUGGCAUCGGCCUUCGGUCCUCUAAUCACAGCGGGAAUCUUCUCGGCCACCUUGUCGUCCGCUCUGGCCUCUCUGGUCAGCGCUCCAAAAGUCUUCCAGGCUCUGUGCAAGGACAACAUCUACCCAGGCUUGGGCAUCUUCGCCAAAGGUUAUGGCAAGAACAACGAGCCGCUGCGUGGAUAUGUGCUAACCUUCUGCAUCGGCCUCGCCUUCAUCCUCAUUGCCGAGCUGAACAUCAUCGCUCCGAUCAUCUCCAACUUUUUCCUGGCGUCCUAUGCGCUUAUCAACUUCUCCGUCUUCCACGCCUCGCUGGCCAACUCUCCAGGGUGGCGUCCCAGCUUCAAGUACUACAACAUGUGGGUGUCUCUGGCGGGCGCCAUCUUGUGCUGCGUGGUGAUGUUUGUCAUCAACUGGUGGGCGGCGCUGGUCACGCUGCUCAUUGUCCUGGCGCUCUACAUCUACGUCAGCUACAAGAAGCCUGACGUCAACUGGGGCUCAUCCACUCAGGCUCUCAUCUACAACCAGGCGCUCACGCAAUGUCUCAACCUGACCGGUGUGGAGGAUCACGUCAAGAACUUCAGGCCUCAGUGUUUGGUUCUGACCGGGUAUCCGAGCUCUCGGCCCGCUCUGCUGCAGCUGGUCCAUUCCUUCACAAAGAACGUGGGCCUGAUGGUGUGUGGACACGUCAGGAUUGCGUGUCGGCGUCCCAACGUGAAGGAGGCGUCUCAGGAGCAUGCGCGCUGUCAGCGUUGGCUGAACAAGAAACACAUCAAAGCUUUCUACGCUCCCGUUUUCUCCGACACGCUCAGACACGGUGUGCACUUCCUCCUGCAGUCCGUGGGUCUGGGCCGUCUGAAGCCCAACACUCUGGUGCUGGGCUUCAAGAACAACUGGAUGGAGGGUCACAUGAACGAUGUGGAGACAUACAUCAACAUCAUCCAUGACGCCUUCGACCUGCAGUUCGGGAUGGUGAUCCUGAGGCUUCCGGAGGGUCUGGACAUCUCUCACAUCCAAGGACAAGAUGAGCUGUCUUGUUCCAAUGAGAAGCCUCCGAUCAGCAAGGACACCCCGGUGACCGUCACUUUAACCAAAGACUCUGACUCGGACUCAAGUCCAUCCAAAACCACCAGCAAUCAGAGCAGCCCGCUCAUCAUUAGAGACAGCAAAGCCACUCUGAGUGCGAGCGAUCAGCGCCUUCUGGAGUCCAGUCAGCAGUUCAAGAAGAAACAAGGAAAAGGAACCAUCGACGUCUGGUGGCUCUUUGACGACGGAGGGUUGACGCUGCUGCUUCCCUACCUGCUGACCAACAGAAGCAAAUGGGCCGACUGCCGCAUUCGAGUCUUCAUUGGAGGAAAAAUCAACCGCAUCGACCAUGACAGACGCAUGAUGGCGACGCUGCUCAGCAGAUUCCGCAUCGACUUCUCAGACAUCAACGUCCUGGGAGACAUCAACACCAAACCCAAGAAACACAAUAAAUUGUGGUUCAAGGCCCUGGUGGAGUCGUACAGGUUGAAGGAGGAGGACAUGGACCAGGAGGCGGCCGAGCGUCUGAAGGCCGAGCAGCCCUGGAGGAUCACCGACAACGAGCUGGAGCUCUACAAGGCCAAGAGCAAUCGCCAGAUCCGACUCAACGAGCUCCUCAAGGAACAUUCCAGCGACGCCAAGCUCAUCGUCAUGACGAUGCCCCUGGCGAGGAAGGGCGUGGUGUCUAGCGCCCUCUACAUGUGCUGGCUGGAAACGCUCUCCAAGGAACUUCCUCCUCUGAUGCUGGUGCGGGGAAACCACCAGAGUGUCCUCACAUUCUACUCUUAGCGCGCGCGCACACACACACACACACACACACGCACACACACACACACACACCUACUCUUAGCGCGCACACACACACACACGCACACACGCACACAAUAAAGUCACACUUUGACUUUCGUGUCACUUGCUGUGUUAUGUUGACUUUUUAUGAUUACCAUUAACAUACUGACCAAAUACACACUUAACAGUUUGUUGUGUAGAUGAUUUAAAGUUUUAGUGACGUGAAGAAUGUGUC